CAUUCCAUUCCUCCAACACUUUUUCCACUCUCUAUAAGAAACCGUGCGCCCAUCGAUCACCCACUGCCACACCACCAUUCGACAAUAAUAUACACCCACCCACACACACACACACACAAGAGAGAGAGAGAGAGAGACAGAGCGAUGGGAUGUAAAAUGCAAAGGAGAAUGGCACUGCGCAGAAAGUUUCGAAUAUUGAGAACCCUCACCAAAUCCAAAUCAGUGAAGAAGAGCUCCAUUGUCAUGGAUGCUUCCCUCUACCUCUACAAGUUGAGGCUCCAAGUUGAAGCAGUCCAAAAACACUACCACUACCUAAUAAAUCAUAUCCAGGAAGUGAAAGUAGACAAGGUUGCUGGGACAGAAUACAUUGUAGUAAAGGUAAGAUGCAAGAAAAGUGAAGAAUUGCUGGUUUCAAUACUGGGGGCAUUUGAAGAAAUGAAUGUGAAUGUUGUGGAAGCCAAGCUCAGCAACUGCAGUCACUUGUUUCGGAUGGAAGCCAUUCUCCACGCUCAUCAUCAUGAUAUUGAUGCAACCAUCUUGCACCAAGCUGUUCUCAGGCUUAUCCAGUCCCAAACUCAUCACACUUAAUUAAUUUUUCAGUAAUUCAUUAUUAAAUAAUCAUAUAUAUAUAUAUAUAUAUCCUGUGUGAUUUUAUGUGAUGGGUUUGGAAGCUUGUAAAAGUCAUCAAUUUCAUUUUGAAGGGGAGAGGGAUUAAAAGUAAGGAUGAUGCAUGAAGGGCUGCUCAAAACGAACAAGAUUGUGACACAAGUGGCGAUAUAUGCCUAUAUUGAAUUAUUGAUCGCUUGUUUUUGUUAAUAUUAAUUUGGUGAUCAUUAUUGUUAAAUAUUUGAAUCAGUUUUAAGCAAGUUAUAUAAUUAUGUCCCAAUGUGAAAUGCGAUGCAUCUCUUUGAUGUU